AUGGAGGCUCGUAGUGCAGAAAAGGCUAUGACAGCGCUCGCUCGAUGGCGGGCAGCCUAUGUGGACAAAAUUAACGAAAUCAAGAAACGCCCUCAUUUUGCUGGCGAUUGUGAAAUCCUAAAAGAUGCCAUGUAUUUCCGUCGUCAGGUUGUUCACGAAAUUUCUCGGAAGAUUGCUCAAAUUCAGAAUCCUAGCCUUGGUGAAUACAAACUUCGAGACCUAAAUGAUGAAAUUAACAAACUUAUUCGUGAAAAAGACCGUUGGGAUGUCAGAAUUAAGGAACUUGGUGGACCAGAUUAUCGUGAGGAUGGGCCAAAACUUCUUGAGAAGGAUGGUAGAGAAGCACCAGGGAAUCGCGGUUAUCGGUAUUUCGGCGCUGCCCGCGAUUUGCCUGGUGUCAGAGAAUUGUUUGAAGAACAGCCCCAACCUAUACCUCGUAAGACGAGAGGUGAAUUGAUGAAAUCCGUUGAUAUAUCUUACUAUGGAAAUUGCGAUGAAGACGAUGGUGUUAUCCUUCCCCAGGAAGCUGUUUAUGAAGAAAAACUGAUGGCAAAGAAAGCCGAGGUUUGGCAAAGACGACAUGCCGACGAACUUGCAGGUAGAAAAGCCGCCUACUACAAAACUCCCGAACAGCUUGCCGAAGAAGCAGAGGUUGAUGAAGACAAUCCGGAUGAAAAGGACAUUUACGAUACCGGCGACAACCCGGCAGAUACUGAACUUUACAAGUUAUACGCCAACACUAAGGAACGUGAUUCUGACGCUCGUAAAUUCUUGGAGUCUGAAGGAACAGUCCAUGCCUCUUUAGCAAUGGCUCUCUCAGCUUCUGGAAUGGUUGAAGAGGAACGCGAACUCACAAUCGAAGAGUUGCUUGCCAAAAGUGGUGCUCGUCUCUCAGCUAGUCAUCUCAAACGUGCAUUUGUUGGACAUACAGCUGUACCCAGUCAACAAGAGAUUGAAGAGGCGUUAGUAGAGAAACGUAAAAAGGAGCUGUUAGAACAAUACAUGACACCCGAAUUCAUGGAAAGCCUUGAAAACACGGGUAAAUUGCUUGGUGUGGAUAGAACUGGAGGGGAAGUUGAAUAUGAUGAAGACGAACAACGUGACACGGAAGUUACGAUUCCUAUGGAAGGAGUUGAUGGGCAAGAUCCAGGUCAACAACAGGAGCAGUUGUAA